CCCUCCCCGACCCAACUCCUCUCCUCGCUGCCCAUCGUCGCCCGCCCUCCCUGUCCUCCCUCCAGCUUCUGCGCCUCCAGCUCGCCGGCGACAGCUCCUCGUCUCUCUGUCCUUCUCGGUGCCGGACGGCUGCUGCUGAGCUUCGUCUCACGCGUUCGACUCGCCUUUUCCCGGGCUAGCUUGCUUGCGGUUGGCCUGCCGCGCUGGCGUGCCCCCUCCGUCCGUCUUCCACCCAGUGCAGACGCCCAGUAGCCACCGGCGGCUUGUAACCAUUCACUCUGCAUCCUCGGUUCGAGGAGACACCGCUCUGUGGACUGAUAUAGAGAUACAAAUACACAGGGCCUGCAUUGCACUGCCUACGACGUCGUCUGUCCUAGUCCCGAGACUAGCUUAGCCAGGAAAAAGGAACCCCCUAAGCUGCCAGUACCGAGGACAUCCCCUAACCUCAAGAUCCAGCUUGACGAAACGGUUUUCUACUUUCUACUUCUUUUUGUUUAAAAGAUUUACUUCCUAUCAUGGCAGCAUCAUUCUCGUCAACAUGGCGCUCCUUCUGGCAUACCAUGACCUCCAACGACCGUCAUGCUUCUCACGAUUCUCCGUACAGGACCGGCCAGCACGUUCCUCUCAGCCAGAGCCGUGAUGCCCCUCUAACCUCAGUAGCAACCAGCGCCAUUGAGUCGCGGCCAGACCUCACCAACUCCUUCGAUGAGCCGCCAUCCCUUAGUCGGUCCUCGACCUCGCAAAACACAAUUACUUCCCCCACACGACCGUAUUCCCCCGGGAUGAGAUCAUUAUCUUCCCAAAAACUCGACCAGAGCUCGGUAGAUGGCAGCGAGAUACAGAUGCAGAGCUUUCAUGAUGGUGCUCCUCCUCCGCCUCCUGUCUCACAUUCCUGGAAGAAGAUUGAUCGGUGGGUCGAGAAGAAUUACGAGGAACUCUUUGACCAGCUUUGCGAAGGAUGUACGCAGAAUGACGUCAAUGAACUAGAACACGAGCUGGAUUGCAGCCUACCGCUCGAGGUGCGCGAGUCAUUGCAGGUUCACGACGGUCAGGAGCGUGGCGGCCUACCAACCGGCAUCAUUUUUGGAUGCAUGCUCCUCGACUGUGAAGAAAUUGUCCAGGAGUGGAAGAACUGGAGAACCGUCAAUGAAGAAUUCCUCUCCAGUUCGACUGUCUCUCACCCUCAACCUCCAUUGAGGGCCUACGGCGGCGCAGCUGCAUCAUCCUCGUCUGCACCACCACCGCCCCCCGCACCCCAGCAAAAUGCAUCAAACCCCUUGUGGAGACAGGAACUACUUGACAGACAGGACUCCCAGCCUCCUCGAGCCAUACAAAAGGCCUAUGCUCACCCAGCUUGGAUCCCUCUUGCUAGAGACUGGGGCGGUAACAACAUUGCCAUUGACCUUGCACCGGGACCAGCUGGAAAAUGGGGACAAGUCAUCAUCUUCGGCCGCGACUACGACUGCAAGUACGUCAUUGCGAGAUCUUGGGCAUCGUUCCUCGCAACUGUAGCAGACGACCUUCAUUCACCGCACGUCUACGUUGAUGAGGAAGGUGGUGAAUUGAAAUUGAAGCCCUUCAGACAGCACGAACCUCCAUACCUCGAGAUCCUCCGCUGGAGAACCGACCAGAAGUACGGCAGACGGCAGCCCAAACGACGAUCCAACGGGCUCGGAGUGAAUACCAACAUCAAUGGCAAAACCACCAGGGAUUCUCCAUACGGCAGCCCGACUCCCAGUGAAGACAGAGGCAGGUCACCCCACCGAUUCCCAUCCCGAGGACCUACCGGAAGUCCUGCGGGAGCAAUGGGUGUUUCGAGCCCACUUGCACGCGUGACUGAGGAAACGUCUUCUCCCGUGAACAACAAUACCACUAAGAACGAGCUAGACUUGAAGAUUCAAAGCAAACUAAGAAAAUCAGACGACCUGGUGGAUCUCUCUUCUCCCGUCUUGCAGAAGCCAACCGAGCCUUUCCCGGCUCCCGAGACAAAAACAGAAAUAUCCUCUGAACAAGCAACAAACGGCGAAGCCAAAGAGAACAGCCCACCCACCAACGAUAAAACAACUCCCUCUAAAGGCCUAGACGCAGAUGCAUUAGACGACAUGAAGACUGUUGAAAUUUAAAGACCUCCCCCAUUCCCCUUUCAUGAUAAACAGGAAACGGCCGGCUUUGUUCUUUUUUCUUUUCUCUCCCUUGCUUCCAGUCAGUCAACCUAUGCCAUUGUUUAAUAUGUAACCUUUGCUUGUCAUUGCAGCGUCUACAUCACCUUUCUCGGCUUUUGCGGGUUUUUCCACCCCUCAUCCAAUCCCACAUGUUACAACGG